UAGAAUUGAAACCAUGCAAACAUGUUUUCUUUACCAACACAUCAACAAUUGGAUUUGAAAUUCUUGACUCUCAAGCUAUGCUGCAUUGAAAUUUCUACUUUCUUGAGAGUGUUACCCAUAACACCCAGUAAUAACAACAUCAGAUGCAAGGAAAAAUCUACUAUCAUUGCAGAACUACUGUCAAGGUCAAUUUACAGAGUUUUAUUUUCAUGUCAGGAGACAUACAAAUCCCUUGAAAAAGGCCCCGGCAUAUGUGAUAGUCAAGAAAACCUUUGUCAGCCCGGAAGACGUUGUAGCUCAAGAUGUAUGCACUUUCAAUUAUUGCAUGUAUUUGAUUGAUCUUUCACUUUAUAAAGUUGGU